ACACAAGCCAUAUUCUACACCUCGAUCCACCCCAUACCUAGAGUUUCUAACCUUCCUUUGCUGUCUUGUACAACAUGGACACCCAGUUGGGUGGCAGUUCUUCGCAGCAACCUAAUGUUGCUAGUUCUUUGCAGCAACCCACCCGGUCAAACAAUCCUUUACAGGUCCCACUUCAGCAACCAAGCCAACUGGGCAAUGUGCAACAACCCUUACCCUCCCAACUGGGUUCUGUGCAGCAACCCUCCCAACUGGGUUCUCUCCAGCAAUCCUCCCAGCUGGGUUCUCUGCAACAACCCGGCCUGACUACCAAUGUGUUACAAGGUUCCCUACAGCAACCAAGUCAGCUGGGUUCUUUCCAACCCACCCACCAACUAGGUGCUUCGCAGCAACGCAGCCUCACCAACAGGUUCUCGCCUAGUUCUAUGCAGCAAUUGAUCAAAGGUGAUCGAAGCAUGAUAACAUUGUCUGAUGACAAUGUGAUGGUGAAGCAAGUUCUGGGAACCCAUGCUCCCGAUGGCCGAGAAGUUGAUAUUAGACCCCUUCUUUAUAUUGUUGAGGACAUUCUUAAUCGUACCACUUUGAAUCCUGAAGGCCUAAUGAUAGAGGGUACCCAAGCACAAGUUGAAUACUUGGAGGACAAGACCAACCUAGCCAAUUUGCUUGACCUGCUUGAUGCUCUGUCAUAUAUAAUUGAUCGAAUUUCCUGCGAGAUACAAUGCAAGGCUUUCGGUGGCUUGGAUGCACACCAAACGACACUUUCAAUAUUUCACCUGGUGUCUUCUUUUGCAUGGGAUGCUAAGCUGGUGCUGGCCCUUGCGGCUUUUGCUUUGAACUAUGGAGAAUUCUGGCUCCUUGCCCAGAUUUACUCAACAAACCAACUUGCAAGAGCAAUGGCAUUCUUAAGGCAAGUACCUGGCAUCAUUGAGCAUGCAGGCUUACUGAAACCAAGGUUCGAUGCACUAAAUGAUCUGAUCAGAGCGAUAUUGGAAGUAACCCGGAGUGUAGUUGAGUUUAAAGAAUUACCAUCCACGUAUAUCACCCAGGAGGUGCCUGCAUUAUCCUCAGCCUUGGCACAAAUUCCAACUGCUAUCUAUUGGACCAUCAGGAGUAUUGUAGCUUGCGCAGCUCAAAUAAGUAGCUUCACCAGCUUGGGCUACGAGUUUGUGGUCUCCACCACAGAAGCAUGGGAACUAUCCACCCUAACUCACAAGCUCAGAACCAUACGCGACCAUCUUAAGAAGCAGUUGGAAAUAUGCAACCAAUACAUAGAGGAGAAGAGAGAUGUUGAAGCCUUUCAAAUGCUCGUCAGUCUCUUCGAGAUGAUCCACAUUGACAAUAUGAAGCCUCUCAGGGCCAUUAUUUACCCCAGGGAUGAUCUUCAGCCUCUUGUAGAUGGUCACUCCAAGAAAAGGGUUAAUAUAGAUGUUCUCAGGAGGAAAAAUGUGCUACUGCUCAUUUCCAGCUUGGACAUCUCCCAGGAAGAGUUGUCAAUUCUGGAACAAAUUUACAAUGAAUCCAGGAUCCACACAACGAGGCUAGAGAGUCAGUAUGAACUUGUGUGGAUUCCACUAGUGGACCGUUCCCUCCAAUGGACUGAUCCCAUGCAAAAACGUUUUGAGAGCCUGCAGUCUUCAAUGCCAUGGUACACUGUGUACCACCCUAACUUGAUAGGGAAGGCGGUGGUCAGGUUCAUAAAGGAGAAGUGGCACUUCAGAAAUAAGCCUAUCCUUGUGGUGCUAGACCCUCAAGGAAGGGUUGUGUCCCCCAAUGCAAUCCACAUGAUGUGGAUUUGGGGAAGCAAUGCCUUCCCUUUCACUAGCGCCAGAGAAGAAGUUCUCUGGAGGGACGAGACUUGGAGGCUUGAGCUGCUGAUUGACGGCAUUGACCCAACUAUACUAAACUGGAUUCAAGAUGGAAAAUACAUCUUCUUGUAUGGAGGGGAUGACACUGAGUGGGUUCGAAAAUUUACUAACACGGCACGCACAGUUGCAUUGGCAGCAGACGUACCCUUAGAGUUGGCCUAUGUGGGAAAGGGUAGCAAACGGGAGCAAGUCCGGCGAGUCUUAGCGACUAUUGCCGUGGAGAAGCUGGGUUAUAGCUGGCAAGACCUAGCCAUGAUGUGGUUCUUCUGGACCCGCCUCGAGAGCAUGCUGUUCUCCAAGAUUCAACAAGGCAAGGCUGACGACCAUGUCGACCCCAUGAUGCAAGAGAUCAAGAAACUCCUUAGCUAUGAUAGAGAUGGCAGCUGGGCUGUGCUCUGUAAAGGGUCUUCUGUGGUGGUCAAUGGGCAUGGGAACUCCAUCCUGCCUACCCUGGUUGAGUUUGACAAAUGGAAGGAAAAUGUGCGCCUUCAAGGGUUUGAUGUGGCUUUCAAGAACCACCACGAGCUGCUACGAGGUGAGACUUACCCCUGCUGCCGUUUCGAGUUCUCGCACUUUGCCGGAAGGAUCCCGGAGGGAAUGAAAUGCCCCGAGUGUCACCGCAACAUGGAGAAGUACACCACUUACCUCUGCUGCCACGAUGAAGCCAAUACUCCAAACAUUUUGUAUAAUUAGAACAACCUGAUCAACCACUGCAUGCUCCUUCCAGCUAGCUCGCAGCUAUAUGCGCACGACGCUGGUUCAAAAUAACAAUCGAUUGUGUGUGUUUUGAUUUGAUUUGGUUUUAUAUCCUUUCAUUUUUCUAUUAAUGUACGCAAUAUAUAUGAAAGAGUGUGAGAAGGCAUGAUCUCAGUGGCCAUUUUCUGGUCGCUUAUAAUGUUUGAUGCUAUAAAUAAGUACUUAAUCAUCCGUUGUUGAUUAUUUAUCUAUAAAA